AUGCAAAGAUCAAUCCUUGAAACAUUUACAAGAAUCGCAAUAAACACCAAUACUUACACUAUUUUUACCAUUACUAACUCACACAAUCAUAUUUCCGUUAGAUUCAACUCUACUAUAAAAAACUUGAUUAAGCAAAUAAAAGAGUUGCCAAUUUACAACAUUAACAAGUUAUCUACUAGGGAAAUAAAUUCCUGGGAAAAAUUAACCUCUGCAAUAUUAGAUAUAACAACUAGCACCAAAACAAGUGAUAUCAGUGGCAAAUCUGAGCGAUUAGAAGAAUCAGAUGAUAAAGCAUCAACAGAAAAUUCAUUUACUAUAACAAAUAUAACAGAUCUAACGGAUAAAAAUAACAAAAAUACUACUUUGUCCGAAGAUAAAGAAGUCUUUGAUAUGUCAUUAUCUAAAGUAUUCAAAAAAGAAAGUGUGAUGGUUAGACAUGUAGAUUAUUUGCACUUACUUGACAGAUUAUGCGAUAAGGGAUACAAUGAUAAGAAAUUUUUUAACCAUUUCAUUUCAAAUUUACGCACUAAAUUUGAUAAAAUUCGCACGCCAGAGCUUCUAACCCAUCUACUGCUAGUGUUGUCUCGAUGUAAAGUUAAAUUUAAACCCAUAACUCGCAAUUGCACCAAAUCUUUGGAUCAUGAAAUGGAAUCCAGGAUUGGUAAAGUAUUCCUCGACAAGAAUUAUAUACAACAAUUCAUCAAAAAUUUGAUAAGAUAUAUGCACGUAACAGGCCAUAUUGACAGUAUGUUAUUUAGUUCAAUUUUUGAACUGAUCCUAGAUGGAUAUAGUAAUGUACCUCCUGCAACCCUUGUUGACAUACUAUAUAAUCUAAGUGCGUGCUAUAGCACCAAUAAGAAGAUGAUAGAUUUGUUAUGUUACCAUGAACACAACAUUAACACGCCUAAACAACAUUUUCUAGUACCAAUAUCACGUUACCUACAUAAACAUGACCUGAGGCCAAUUGAUAAGGCGAAAUUAUUCAGAUGCUAUGUACUAUUUGACUUUGAUCACAUUACCUUCAUCAACAAUUUACUAGGUGAAGUAACUGAAAGGUUAAAGAAAUCAAUUGGGUUUGAAGAUUUUGAUCACCAUAGUUGUGAAUAUCUGCUUGGAUUUACUAUGGAUAUGGACGACUAUACUAAGGGGCAAGUGCUUAUGAUAGCGGAUUCAUUACUGCUGUCCAGAAGGCACCACUUUACUAGAUACUACAAAGAGUUAGUUCAGUCUAUCUACUUUAAUUGUUUGGACCAAAAGCAAAUUGAGAAAUUAGAUCCAAUAGAGCUUAGGUGUGCAAUGAGUAUCAUUGGUAAUUCGCCUAAAUAUAUAAUUCCUGAUCAAGAAUUACUGUGCAAUAUGACCAAAAGAAUGGUAGAUCAUUUGGAAUGUAACAGAAUUGAUAUAAAUGACUUAGCUAUAUUCCUAAAGGAUCUCGUUAGAUGCACCCGCAUCAAAUUUGUAAGGAAGAAUGAACGAAACCGCACUAUUAGAAUUACUAAAUUUAAUCAUUUACCUUGGAUUACACAAUCUACUGACAACGAAAAAUCUUUUUUGGAAAGGAUUUCCAAACAACUAACACUUGACACUGACAUUGUAGAUCUUACACAUUGCUUAAGGAGUAUUGCCUAUUUAGGGUAUAAUAACAAAAGUUAUUACGCACAAUUUCUCGACCACUUUAAGGAAAAUGCACAUAAAUUGCCAACGAAAAGCAUUGCAUAUAUUGAGCAGACUCUUAACAAAAUACGGUUAACGGACAAGCACCUAUUCUACAUGCUAGGGAAACGAUUCCAGGAGGCUCAAUUGGCAGCAGCUGGCCCUGAUCAAAAAAUUUUACUAAGGAGAAUUGGCUAG